GUCAACGUGGGAGACGCGAAAAUGUGAAGUUGUUUUGAACCUGUGUAGAUCUUGUCUAACAGGGACACGGUCGUCAAUAUAUAUAAGAAAAAGAAACGGCUGUGAGGGUUACACUGAAAUUUGUCUUACCAUGAUGCCAGGGGACAGUCAGUCCAAAACCGUGGCAAUAGCCGCGGACGCGACCGUUGGAAACUGUCAGAACUGUUCUGUUUUGCAUCAGAGCCUGACAGAAUAUGUGUCGUCAUUUCUGGCACUGAAACAGAAGAUAACGGUUUCGGAUGACACUAUCAGGCUUCAACAACAGCUGGAAGAGCUGCAGAUCAAAUUGGUUACUCUGGAGAAAAAGAGCAGAGAUUAUGAAUCUAUGCAAGCAGAACUGGAAGAAAAGAAGUGUGCUCUUACAGCCUAUGGACAGAUGUCUGAAGAGAUGGAAAAACUCAAGCAGGAAAACAACAGGACAAUGACAGAGAAUAAGAAGCUUGAAGAGCAGCUAAAGGAUCUGAAAGAACUGACAGAAACCCAGUCACUUGAAAAUGCACAAUUAAAGAGGGAAAAGGCUGAAGUGGAAAAUGAUCUGCUGAAAACACAGACUUCUCUGAAGAAAUCCCAGGCACAAGCAGAUCAAGUUGAAAAACUGAUAGAGGAGAAUGCCAAGACAACAAGCAUAAAGAACAACCUUGAAAAUAAAGUUAGACUGCUUGAUGACUCAGUCUGCAAACAGAAUCAUCAAAUAUCCCAACUGACCAAAGAGAAGAUCCUGAGAGAGAGAGAUAUUGAUGAGCUCCAGGUGAGGCUGAUGAAACUGGAACGAGAAAGGAGUAAAGAGUAUAGGAGCAUAUCAAUUCAAGUAAAUUCACCUGAGGAGCCUAAAGUUGACAAAGAAAAAAUCCGGAUGCUGCUAGAGAAUUUGUGGGCAUGCGUGGAACCUCAGCAGCAGCACUCAGCAAACCCGUUACAGUUAACUGGUUACGCAUCAUUAAGUUCCUAUUCCAGUUCCAAGCAAGUUCUACCCUCCUCUCCACCAAACAGACUGUACUCUGAUCUGAGUGACCUUCCCCAGUCUGCCUCUCAAGGCAUCAGUGAAUCUCACAGUUACCCCAUGCAGACAGAAGCUACUUAUACACAGUUAAAACCUUCUCCUCAUGCGCAGAAAGCCAUCAAGCACCAAGCAUCUCUUCAGUGCUCAAGUGGCAAGAAGCAAACGGACACUCGCAAAAACAGCAAGCGAUUGUCCACGGAACACAAAACUGAGGAGUCAUUUACUGGCUUGGGCAGCUCCGAAGUAUCUGUUCAGGAGAUAAUGGAAAUGUUUAAACCACUGCUUCCCUGCAUAUCACCACUAGCAAACUUGGACACAGAGAUGGAAACUAUGGAGACAGAUGAUAGAGAAAACGAAAACCAUCCCAAACCCUCUAAAGACUCUGCUCCUCUUCAACAAGAGGCGUCCUUACUCAUCCCAACACCGGUUUCAAGCCACUGCCCAAACCCUUCUGCGCUACCAGCAGAGGAGAAUGUGGACUUGCCAGUUGUCACAGAGCGUGAAGUGGAACAUAUUUCCGAUGAAAAUGACUCCAAAGACUUGGGACAAAAUGAGUUGAGUGGCAUUACUGAAAUGAAGGACAAAAGCAGCGCAGAUGCUGAAGAAAUGCAUCUUCAAGACAUGCAGACUGAGCAGGAGACAGUAACUGUGCAAUCAGCGUCAGCAUCUUCAUCUUCUUCCUCCAGAUUAGACAAUACCAUUUUGGAUGAGGUUGUUUCAUUAACUAGUGAAAGUCAAGAACCAUCCUGCAAGGAAAAUCCCAGUAACAGUAUUGCCAGCAGCAUCUCUGAAGCUGAAAAUGCUUUAGGAGAGGCAAAGGAAGAUCAGUCAGAGACUGUGACAAAGAUGGAUGUAGACACAGGCCCUAGUGAUGUUACCAGUGCCAAAACCGUCAUUCCUGGAGAUGGAGAGUCACCCAGAGGAAGUGAUAACAUUGUAUUCUCUGAAGAAGCAGGAGAUGUGGAGCUAGUCACUGCCUCAAUAGUCACUGACUCUGUUAAAGACACUGAGGUUUCAAAUACAGAAAAUCAUUCAGAAGUUGAAAAAAGUAAUCAGGAUUCUUGUUGUUUGAGACAGGGCAGUGAAGAUGCCACCAUCUUAAACACACAGGAGAUUAAAUUUUCUCUCGGCAAGGACAUAGAUAUGCCAGAAAAUAAAUAUUGUGUGUCAAACAGCAGUGGCAGCUCAGGUAGUGUCUCAAAUGAAAAUGUUAUAGAGAGGCUUGAACAUGACGGGUCCAUAGAACAUCUUGAGGUAGAAAAUAGUAAUGAAAAACAAAGCACUAAGAGAGUUGAUAAAACACCGUCUUCCCCAGAGUUACAUCGCGGUAUUAGACCUCAAUCACCUCAAACAUUUUCACUGUUAAAGAUGGAAAAUGCUGACCACGGCCCCGCUGGCCAGGAAUCUGGUCAAGCAAACAUUGAAACUCCUUCAAAAGAGAAAGUUGACAUAGAGACAUUGAACAGUGAAACAGUGGCUUAUUGUGGGCCUUCCCUUUCUGACUCCCAAGAGACAAAGGCUGAAAAGAAUUUUUAUUUGAAAGAAAAUAAACAUUCUCUGUGCAGGCAGCUGAGUCCUUUAUGUCUGUUACCCACUGUAAAACUGCAUGCUGUGGAAACUCACCCAAACCCAGGAAAACUGAAUGUUGAUGUCAACAUUGAAUACAUUUCAAAAAACAAAAAAACUCUGCAGCCUCUGCCUAAUUUAGAGGAAAGCGGUGUGAUUGAAAAAGCUGUUGUCAAAGACUUCCCUCAGGACAGAACAGAUGCGAGUAGUACUACCUCAUUUAUUCAGAGUGCUGCUGCCACAGAUGGGCAAAAUAAAUGUUACGAGCCAUGUACAAGAGUGCUUGAAAGACAAAGCCCACAUCUGAUCAAAGAGGAGGAAGCCAGCCCAGCAGCAGCAGCAGCAGCAGCAGCAGCAGCUUCAGCUUCAGCUUCAGCUCAACCACCAGAGUGCAUAGGCCAUGUUCGCUCUGAAAUGGGUCCCCCACUUCCUCCUCUCCUAACCCCUGUAAGCACACCUCCGAAAGCAGGCAAAUCAAUCAGUCCAAGGCAGGCUAUUGGGAAACUCUCUUUUCCCUCGCCCAUGGAUAGAUUGGCUUCUCCUACCACUCCCGUCCUGACCCACAUGACACCCAACGGUCUGCAUCUGAGUUCUUCAUCCCUGAACAGUCCACUCCGUCCAAACGGAGUCCCCUCAUCACCACUUCAGUUUGGCUCUGCCACUCCAAAACAUGCUGUGCCGGUCCCAGGUCGCCUGCCCUUAACAGCAAUGAAUACCUCCCCUUCCUCUUCCUCCAGUCCUUCUCAGGAAAACUCCAUGAGGAUUCUUGACACCAUGUAUCCAGAGCUCUCUGCCCGCGCCCGAACUCUAAGCAUUCUCAGAGGGAAUGUUAGUCUCAGCAUUUGUUCUUCAGAGAGCGGAACAUUACCCACAACAACCGACAGUCAGAUGUCCGGCUUUAAAACUAUCAACUCCACCUCAACAGCCUUCAGCAAGACUGAGAUGAGAGGAGAAAAAAGACAGGCCAUCGGUUUGCCUCAACUUAAAAACAGCAAAUGUCGCAGGAUUGAUAUCUGCGCUCCUACCGUCAGUCGUAAACAGGUGCCUUCCUGCUCGUCAAACAGUGGAGAGGAGAACACCUCACCCCAGACUCUGAGGCUCAAACAGAUCGAAAAUGAAACAACCUCUCAAUCCAUGGAAGGUGGAGAACCUGCAGAGCAGAAUCUUGUAAUUAACGUCUUAAAGAAAAUUGAAAACCAGUGCUUUGAUCUGUUGCCUGUGAUCCAGAGCCACAUUUAUGUUGGUAAUCUCCCCAAAAAGCCUGUCUUGAGAGAUGAGGAGAAGGAGGUCAUCGCUGAGAUUUGCCAGAGCAGCUUGGCCGAAGAUGUGAUUUUUGCCAUCCUGAACAAACUGAAAGCUGAGAAAAGGGACCUCAGCAGAGACUACAUGCAGGCCCUCUGCAGAGUCUACACAGGCGUCUGUAGACAGAAGACAUACUGGGAGAAGGCUCAUAUCCUGGCGUACAGCAUUCUCACAGAAGAUUUGCCGGAUCCUGCCAAGCUGAUUUUGUUUAUGGUGACAACAUGGCCCAGUGUUCUCUCACACAGUAGUUCUCUGUGCCAGGCCAUACAUGCUGUCGCCAAACUGAUAGCGCAAGAAGAGAUUCUCAGCUGCCUUUCAGAAUUCCUUGGUUGGGACAAGAGUCCUCCCUGUGACAUCGACCAGCUGAUCUCCAGAGCACUGUCUGAUCUUCGGUCAGGGUCAAACCAGUCUUUGACAAAACACAGUCGGUACGGGUACGACCUGGGCGCUGAGGCUUGGGAACAUGUCUUCACUCUGCACCUCCUUUGUACACACAAGAAGUGGAAGUGGACCUAUGAAAAUGUAUUGGGCAAGGAGUUGUGGCCAUUAAUGAACACAUGGGUGACGCAGCCCAGAGAUCAACAAGCGCCUGUUUCUGAUGUAACUGUCGCCACUGUGCUCCGGCUCACAGGACGCCUCGGUCAGCUGGGAAUCAAAGAGAGGUGUGUUUCCUCUGUGGUAACUGUCGCCAAUGUCAUCAACACUUUUGGUAGGCACGGACAGACUGAAGGUGUGCCAUGGGAGGUCCAGUUAGCAGCUAUUUACUCCAUCUAUGAACUGUCUCCCUGCAACCCCAAACAAGCCCUGGAUGCCCUGGCAGGGUGGAGAGGAGAAACAUCUCAGAGCGUCCCUGCUGCUGUCACUAGCUGCAUUAACCAGUUAGCCUCUAUCUGCAGACAGGUCAACAGCUGAGGGAGACACACAUGCUGUACAAAUCAUGCAUGUCCGUACCUAUGUUAAAGACAGGUAGAAUGAAGAUCCCACCAUGCACUUCAAUAUUCAUUUUAACUUGCUGUCUGGCUGCCCACGACAGAGCAUUUUACAGUUUGGGCACAUAAAUGGUCACAAAUGGGUUUUAUGCUCUUCCUAUUACAGGGUGUCUGGAGGUUCACAGUAAGUCUGAAAUUCAAAGUUUCAGACUUCUAAAACAUUUACUUUUUCGUUUUUUAUGUCCUUCUCCGAAAUGAACACGUUAGGUAAAUGUAGCUAUUCGGAUCUGUUAGCAAAUGUUUCCUCAAUUUUUAAUGUAAAACACGUAAAAUUUGGUUUCCUAAAUUUUUUAGCUGUCCACACCCUGUUAUAAAUGUACUGGUAUAACUUCCUGCCUGUCUACUAUACUCAGGUAAUGCUCUAAACUAUUGUAAAACAUGUACAUGUGUUUUCCCAUUUAAUUGGUGCUGCUGUAAAUGUUUCCUCACUCAAGCGUUUGUAAAUAUAAGGUGUUAAAGUUUGUAUUAAUGAAAAAUAAGGUUGCCACUGUAAAUGUUUUGUACAGUUUAAAGUUUCAGAGGUUAUUUAAUUUUUUUUCAGAUUAAAAAUGUCCGCAUAUUGA